UCGGGCAACUAGUAACCAUUUAACCAAGAAAGAACUUUUCGUAAGAAUCUACGAUCAACGAUCGAUUGUUAGAGCAGCGAGUGUUGACAGUAGGAUAAACGCGUGUGCAUAGCGCAACCUUCUACUCUUUACCCGCCGCUAAUAAUAUCUAAAGACGGUUGAAUCAGAGAACAUCUGAAACACUUCUCAAAAUCUAAGUUAUGAAUCAAUGAACAACACUAAAAAACUCCCACGUGGUAAACGGGCAGAGUAAGAACAUCGUAGGUGGUAGCUUGGAAUUUAUUCAGAUAUAUUAAAACUGCUUAAAUGAAGCACUUUACAAGUCGAGAAGCCUGGAAGAUUCUACGCUGUGGAAUAAUUCUGGUUCUGGGGCUACUGGCUGGGAACUUGAGAUGCCAAGCUCACCCGGACGCCAAGCGGUUACUUGACGAUAUCCUUAGCGGUUACAACCGGCUGAUUCGUCCGGUGAGUAACCAUACUGACAAACUGACAGUCAAGCUCGGACUUCGACUAGCACAGCUUAUAGAUAUCAACUUGAAACAUCAGUUGAUGACUACAAAUGUUUGGGUGGAUCAGACUUGGCAUGAUUACAACUUACAGUGGAAUCCAGAUGAAUACGGAGGAGUGGAGAUGAUACACAUUCCAGCAGAAGAUAUAUGGCUGCCUGACAUUGUGUUAUUCAACAAUUAUGACGGCAACUACGAAGUGACCUUAAUGACCAAGGCUACUGUCUAUCAUACUGGCGAAAUUGUAUGGAAACCGCCAGCCAUGUACAAAAGUACGUGUGAAAUUGAUGUUGAAUACUUUCCUUUCGAUGAACAGUCCUGUUUGAUGAAGUUUGGGUCGUGGACUUACGACGGGUUAGAGGUUGACCUCACUCACUUCAAGCAACAACCAGGCUCAAACGAUGUUCCGAUCGGUAUAGACUUAACAGAAUUUUACAAAAGUGUCGAGUGGGACAUUCUUCUUGUUCCAGCAAAAUACAAUCUGGAAUUCUACGACUGCUGUCCAGAACCAUAUCCAGACAUUACAUUCAAUGUCACAAUGCGUAGGAAGACUUUAUUUUACACAGUAAACUUGAUCAUCCCAUGUGUGGGCAUCUCAUUUUUGACUGUUUUGGUAUUCUACUUGCCUUCAGAUAGUGGAGAAAAGGUUUCUCUAUGCAUGUCAAUACUAGUGUCCUUAACAGUGUUUUUUCUUCUACUGGCUGAGAUCAUCCCACCCACGUCAUUAGCAGUUCCUCUUUUAGGAAAGUAUCUCCUCUUUACCAUGAUAUUAGUGACAUUGUCGAUAUCUGUGACAGUAGGAGUCCUUAAUGUCCACUUCCGAUCGCCCUCCACUCACAGUAUGUCUCCCUGGGUCAGAAGAGUAUUCAUUCAUAUUAUGCCACGUUUAUUGCUCAUGCGCAGACCACUCCUCACACCACAAGAUGAACAAGGGGAACAGCCAACUUUUUUUUCUAGGAGCUGCAAUGGAGUAGAAGUCAGAAGAGACUCUUUUCUUCAGAUGCCGCGUUCCAGUACAGACCCAGUUCCAACUGAGUCCUUUACUUACCAGGAGCAUGGAAGUCCUGACGAUUCCAUGCAAGAAGCAGAUAUUUUUGCACACAGAAUAUAUCAUUCCCACAGGCAGUAUCACCCCGAACUUAAUCGAGCAAUUGAUAGUAUACUCUAUAUCGCUGAACACAUUAGAAAGGCAGAUGAAGAGGAAAGUGUUGUUGAAGACUGGAAGUAUAUUGCUAUGGUCCUCGAUCGUCUUUUUCUUUGGAUCUUCACAAUUGCUUGUGCAGUAGGGACUUGUGGUAUAAUUUUUCAAGCACCUUCUCUUUAUGAUGAUACAAUUCCAAUUGAUAGUAUGUCGAAAAUAGGGAGAGAAUUAUAAUUUUUUCAAUUUCAAUUUUGUUUAUAUUGUUUUUGACUGGUGUUCUUUCACCAUUGUUUCUUCAGCCCUGUAUGGCAGCUACCAGGAUGCUAUAAUCUUAUAAACGUAAACGUUUCAAACUUUUGAAGCUGUAGUUCCUUUCAGCUUAUGCUUUUUAACUACUGUUAUGUUAGUGCAGUAGUAUGAUAUAAAAUAAUCCUCCUCAUUCCAUCAUAAUUCUUCCCGACAUGCUCAUUGUUUUUCUUUAAAGUUUUUUUUGUGAUAUAUAUAUAUGGCUAAGAUGUGUGUUAAUCUGUAAAAAUAGUUUUCUAACAUUUUGUGAGGUAUGAAUUAGGACCUUUGGAACAAAGUCUUGAGGGAAACAAUAUAAAACGAAAAAACAACAGAUUUUAAGAUAUCAUUAUUUUUAAUGUUCAACAGAU